CUGCUGCUUACAGUCUGCACGAAACCGGUCAGUUAGCGACGGCACCGUGAGUUGGUUGUGAAACGUUUGUCUCUGUCCGGUAACGGAGCGCCUCCGUGCUGCAGCAUGAGAUAAACAUGUCCGGUUAACGACUUUGCUCGUUUGGAGACAGUUGAAUUUACCGCCAGUGUGGAGACAUGGAGGCUGUGAGCAAGUGGAGCCCGCAACAAGUGGUGGACUGGAUGAGAGGUCUGGAUGAGAGCCUGCAUCAGUACAUCCCGUCCUUCCAGCGGCAGCAGGUGGACGGAGAGAAGCUGCUCAGGAUGUCCCACCAGGAGCUGCUCUCUCUGGGUGUGGCACGGGUCGGACACCAGGAGCUGGUGCUGGAAGCCGUCGAUUUGCUCUGCGCCUUGAACUAUGGUGUGGAGUCGGACAACCUGAAGACUCUGGUGGGGAAGAUGAGAGUGGCGCACCACCACCUGAGCAGCGCCGUGUCACAGCGCAGGAAAAACCCAGCCUACCAUAGCAAAAACUCCCACCAGCCCACCAACGAAUUCCUGACCGCCGUCGUCGAGCUGAUCGGAGCGGCCAAAAGUCUGCUGGCCUGGCUGGACAGGACUCCUCUGACGACUGCCAACGACUUCACCUCUACCAAAAGCAGAAUCAUCCAACUGUGUCUGGAGCUCACCUCCACCGUGCAGAAGGACUGUACUGUUUAUGAGAUGGAGGAGAAGAUUCUGGAAGUGUCACAAGCUCUGAAUGCCAUUUGCGAGAAGACAGUCCAGGCGACAUCUGACCCCUCCAAAAGCGAGAUGGCUUGUCUGGAGGAGGUUCACAUCACCAACAUCAAGCCUGGAGAGGGACUGGGGAUUUACAUCAAAUCCACCUACGAUGGGCUUCAUGUCAUCACAGGAACAACAGAGAAUUCUCCUGCAGAUAAAACUCAGAGGAUUCAUGCAGGAGAUGAAGUCAUACAGGUCAACAAACAGACAGUGGUUGGAUGGCAGCUGAAACACCUGGUGGAGAAGCUGAGGACGGAGUCUGGAAGCGUCGCGUUGAUGGUGAAGAAGAGGCCGUCUGGAACUGCUGGUGGCUUUGCACCUGCUCCACUGAAAAACCUGCGCUGGAGGCCACCACUCGUACAGACGUCUCAGGGACCUCCGGGUCACUACAGAUCUCGACAGCCACAAUCCUCAGAGGCUGCUGGGAAAAGAGGGAAGACGGCCAUCUUGGAUUUAUACAUCCCUCCACCCCCCGCAGCACCGUACUCCCCACUAGAUGGGAACACAAAUGUGACUUCAGGUGUGAAAAUGCGUCCUAAGUCUCCAAACUCAUGUCUGGAUACAGACGUGAGGCGACGCUCGAGUGCUGCAGACGACAAGAGAGUAUCUGUGGGCCCCCCACCUGAACUGAGCCAGCCGAUCCCAGUCCGCAUUAGACAGCGCUCCUCUGCACGCUCUAAACCUCGACCUGUCUCCAUGCCAGUGGAGUCAUUUUCGGGUGUGUCUGACCCGUCCUCCAGGUCCGGAGCUCAGGGAAGGAAAGGACAGGACAUUCUGCACAGAUACCUGAGUAACGAACGGAUCAGCACCAUCACUGAGGAGGAGCCAUGUUUCCCCCUGCCGUACCGAGGCCACCCGUCUGUCCGGGGCGUUGACCACAUCAGAGGCAGCCAGUGCUUCAUCAGCUCCGACUUGCACAGCAGCGCCACCAUCCCUUACCAGGAAACAGCGUCCAAGAAGUCCUCUGCCUCCACCUCUGCUGCUGUUUCUCCUCCUCAAGCUGUAACCAAACAGUCCUCGUCGCUGCUCGGUGGCUGGCUGGCUCGCCUCAGGCUGCUUAGCCACUGAGGAGGCAAAGCGCCGAGUUUUUACAUAAGACACAUUAUUCAUGUGGCUCCUGGAAGAGGUUUUAUAUUAUCACCCAGCCUCACAGGAUAUCUGUGCUUAAAUAUCUAAGGAGUAAAUGCAGUCGUCCGUGUGUCGUUCCCCCCACUCCCCGAGAGCAGCUGGAGACUGUGAUCAAAGAAAAAGAUCAUGGACUUCUGGAAUGAACCAAACAGCUCAUGUCAGCGAGGAAUCUGAAUAAAUUUACAACAACAUUAAACUCAUUAGUUUAAUUUUCCAUUUAAGAAAUCAGUCACAGAUAAUUAGAACAUUUGGUUUCCAAAAAUUUCAUCAACACUUAUAAUGAACUGAAAACUAAUUGAACGUACCUUGGAGUUGGGCCUAGAAAUCACUGCUUUCCUUUGACAAUGUUUUUGCAGAUACAUUAAUAUUUUAGGUAUAAUUUCCUUCUUAACGUUAUUUAGAUCAAAUUUCUGCUUAAUGCAUCUAUAACAUCUCCUUCUAAAGAUUCUUUGAAGAAAUCCCAUGUUUCUGUCAUGAAAAGCAUUCAAAAGGUGAUCCUCAGGGAACCAUCGUGGAUCUUCUGAUGGUUUGGAUCUGAGGAGUUUCUGAAGACUUUUUACUUUUUUAAGGAGUGUUUCUGGUUCAUGUUUGGUGCCUUUACACUGAUUAAAUAAUAUGCAAGAGCUUUUAAACCUUCUUACUAAGGUGAUCAGAGUGUGAGAAAAGCAGUAAAAUAGAGCUAGACAAUAUGGCAAGUUAAAGGAAUCAGUUUUUUACAGUCAUUUUGAACAUGUUUUUUCAGCUGUCUGAUGUACAGCAACAUUAGGAAAUAUAAAAGGGUUUCAGUUAUUAUUUGACUUCUUAAAGGUGCGAUUAAAUCUUAAAAAUAGAGUUCACGUUGUCACUGAUGUAAUUCAGACUUGGAGGCUCUGAAUUUUCUGAAAGUUUGUUUGUAUAUAUUUGACUUAAUCAUAGUCACAGAGGUGCCUGAAAACUAAAACAAACAUAAAAACCCAAGUGAUCUUAUAUUUUAUAUGCAUAUUAUAUUUCAGACUCACCGUCUAACUCUUUAUUGAUGCCACUGUAAUGAGUUGUUCAAUGAUGUGAAGGUAUAAACACAAAUCCUCCCCGUCUGGACCAUUCAUCACGUGACAGAAAGAAGACUGACCAACAACAAUAACAAAAAAAGAAUUUACUUUCUCCUUCAGUUUUUUUUUAUUGUUAUUUGUUUUAAACAGAAAAUUAAACUGUUACAUACAUUGUUAUGGAAUGACAUUAUACUGGCAUCCAGUUCAUGAAGGUUUGGAUCUAACUGCUUCAACAACCUGAAUGAAAACAUGGAUGUAACACCAGUAUUUUAAAGACAUUUUGGAGAUUACGUUGUUCACCUGCUGCCGUCUCCGUCAGUUACUGGAAUUCAAAGAUGCUGACGUGUCCAAAGAGGAGAGAGGAUUUUGGCAGGUUCAAACAUCACAAAACAUAUCUUUCUUUCAGCCUUAAAGACACUCGAGAAGAAUUUAGCUACUGACACCUCUACGUCUCGUAGUGACAACUUUUAAAUGUUGUCUGUUUUAAUCACUGAAAACAAACAUUUAUCAACAAACUCUGACCUGCUGAGCUUCCACUCUCACUCCACAAGUCAGUGGUCGGCUCUAAAGUACCUCAUGUUUACGGCAACCUGAAUCUGCUGAAGAUGAAGCUGGUUUUUGUUUUCAAUAGAUUUUAGUUUCUCUAUAUUGUUCAAAUUACAUGACAACAGUUAGAAUCCAUGAAAUCUAUCUGUACAGUUCCAGAAGGAUACAGAAGCUACGCCUUGAGGUUUCAGGUAUCUCAGUGCACUUUUGCUCUAAAAGUCAUGAUGCAUUUCUGGACCUCAGAGCCCAUUUCCUCCCCAGGAACCAACAGUGCCUCAGCAUUUCAGUACCCUUCUGGUUUAUAAAUCUGUUUUUAUCUUUUAUAGAUUGUGUUUAUUUCAUCACUGGAGCCAGAAUUCCAGGCAUUUAUCAAACAAAGUGUGAUUUUUGCAGUUUUAUCAGAUAAAGAAUGGUUAAAAAGUCUAGAUAUGCAAGGGCUCAACAUGUUACUAAAUACUUGUGACGUUCAGCAGUGGUAUAAAUGCACUGAUAAGUAAAAGAAGUUCAAAAAUACAAUAAAAAGGUGCUUUAGCAAAGGGAACGUGGAAAAUAGGAACGUUACUGAACUAACGUUUACCAGCAAGCUUUCUAUGAUAGGCAGUUGUAAAGUUAAAACUGUAAUAUAUCUUAUUGUAAAAAAAAAAAAAAAAAAAAAAAAGGAAAAACUUAAAUUGGGGUUUAAUUUCUUAAAUAAAAGGACUCAAACUGAAACUAACAUGAACCAUGAAAGCAGCUGACUGAGACAAUAUAUACCUAAAGUUUGGUUUAAGAGUAAAGUUUCAAGUGUUUGAUUCCUAAAUAGUAUGUUGUUCUUUUAAAGAUUUCACUUUAAAUCCAUCAGUUUAAAUCUCGCGCCUACACUUGAGUUUAUUCUGAAAACUGCUGCUUUCCUCAUCUGGCAGAGUUGUCUGCAGAUAUUUCCAUUCAGGUCAGGUGGAAGCUGCCAAAAAAUCCAGGAAUAAUUUAAAAAGCAGAACUUGUUUACUCACUUACAGAUCUUAAGUAUUUAGUAUUGUGGCUUAAAUGUACUAAAAAAAAAGAUUGUUAGAAGAAGUCCUGUGUGUUUGAAGGUCCAAUCAUAAAAACCUUCCUGGAGGUGUUCCUCAUGGAUCCAUUUUGGUUCCCCUAAUGAUUAAAAUUAAAGAGGCUUCUAAAGUUUCCCUAAAGACCUUAGCUUUUAUAAAGAGUGUCUGGUUUAUGUUAGCUAACUUUAUACUAACAAAACAUUAUGAAGAACUAUGAAGCUACUACACCUCAUCAGAUUAAAGUUAAUUUCACAGAGGCAUACUUGCAUGUUGUUUCCUGGAAAAGUGAGACUAUAACUCUGAAUAGGAAACGUAAAAGUCUAAAUUUUACAGUUAAAAUGUCAAGUUAAUAUAACACACUGUGGCCUAAUUUUGAACACUCAGGCACUCUGCUGCUACAACCUCAAACCGUUUGGUAUAACCAGUAGCUUGCAGUGGCUAAUGUUAGCAAACUGGAGAUUUUCUGUGUAACUGACAUUACUGAGUCAGCUCCAUUCCACUUGCUUUUACCAAAUGGUGUGGUAUUUAAAGCAGAUGAGGAAUAUAUCUAACUAUCAUCAUCAUCACCCUGUAAGAACUGUUUAUUGACAGUGGCUGCUAAAUGUCAAAAUUCGUCACUUGUUUAUUGUUCAGGGACUCUAAUCUGUGGAAGAUCUUGUUUGACUAGUUGUGCCAUUUAGCCAAACUUCUUGUAUCAUAAUCUCUUCUAUCCUGUUAAGUUUUGUAAAUGUUACUUUAGUUCACUGGCCUCAUUCUUCAUAUGUAAAUACAAAUUAUCCCAGAGUUCUACGCUUUGAUGCCUCUGACGCUUUGCAACUUGUGUAAAAAUAUAAACAAUAAAGUGCAAUUUAUUUUGAAAACUUCUAACGUUCCACUCAGCACCAUUAUUUUGACGAUACAAUUAAUCAUUCUAAGAAAGUGUGUUAUAUGCACUACCAGCCAAAGGUUUCUCAUUCAAUGGUUUUUAUUGAAUUAUUUUGUGCAUUCUAGAUUAAUACCGAAAACAUCAAAAGUAUAAAAGAAUACAUAUGGGAUUAUGUUGUAAAUAAAGUGUUAAUCUUCACUAUUAAUCUACAAUGUAGAAAAUAAUGCAAAUAAAUAGAAAGCAUUGAAUGUGAAAGUGUGUCCAAACUUUGGACUGAUAGUGUAUGUAUAUUUUGUUUGUUCUUUUUUUGCUUCGUGUUGCAUUUAGGAUUGAUACCAACUAAACAGACAUUCAACUGUUUUAUCAUGUGGCCUUGAUAUUAGUAAUUUCUCAGAUAGUGACAUUAAAACAGCUGGUUUAGAGUUGUAAAGUUCAAGUCUGAAGCCUUUAAGAUGACUACCGUAACAACACCAUCAAGUGGACAAUGCCGGUACUAUAUUAAAUGAUGUAUUUACUGUAUACAACUGAAGUCUGGCUCGGUGCAAUAUCACUUAAAUGUCAAAACUGUAUCACCUUACAGUAAAUAUAUUAUUUCUAAGUUAAACAGUGGGGCUUAUGUAAAAUUUAAACUUAUAGUUUAGAUUAACUAUGUUAAAAAUACAGGCUCAGGGGUAGAAACUGCAAUAUAAACACAGUGCAACCAAAGUCAGCACACCUUUCAUUAGAGAGGUUCAGAGGUUUCAUUUUUUUGUUUUCUGCCAUUCUUUGCUAAAUGGGUUGUGCUGUCCUGAUUUUUGAGAACAGGCUUUGGAUCAUUAUCAUACUAGAUUAAAAAGCUGCUUUAUAUCAAGUAAUUUCAUCUGGUGCCCAACAGUAAACACUUCCAGUCAAACAUAAAAACUAAUGUAUUCAAACAACCCCUGACCACUAAAAUCUGUCCAUGAAAAUGAAAUACCCUCAUCUCAGGGGAUUGUUUCUUCACAAUUUAUCUGUAGAAUUUGCAUAUAAUAAGGUGCAACUGAGGCAAAUCAUCUGAGCUAAAAUCAAGUAUGUGUUUGUAGUGGAUGGGUGGCGGAAUUCUGUUGACUAGCUACAAACCAAGACAUAAAGUAUCACCAGAAUGACACCAAAAAGGCCACAAGUCAAAACAAAAUCACAACACAGAGAAACGAUUACAACAAGAAGAAACAAAACACAAAGAAGAGGCUAAGUGACGAUAAAGAGGCAAGACCGAUCAUAAAGAGACAAAUGACCACAAAAAGACAUGAUUGAAAUCUGGAAUUUCACAAGAGAGAGAGGGAGAGGGUCUUGGUUUGGAAGCUCAGCUGGAGCCUUUCUGUAUGGAGUUUGCAUAUGAGAGAGUCUGUUGGGUUAUCACAAGGUACAUCCUCCUACAGCUGCCCUCUGAGUUUAACUAAUCAUUGUAAAUCUGUGGUAGGUGAAAGUGUGCUUGCUUGUCUGUCUCUCUGUGUUUGCCCUGUGAUGGACUGGAAAACUGUCCAGGAUGUACUGUGUCUUUUACUCAAAGUCAGCUGGGAUCCAUUUAUGAUGUUUUGUUUGAUGUUUGAAGAAAAGUUCUUUUUAUUAUCAUGUCCUGUUAUUAGUGCUGUUGUGUUUGAGGUGGAGACUUUCUCUGGUGUCUACAAGAAUCUCACACACACAGACGUUGUGUUUGAGUUCCCAGAAUUCCAGCUGUAAAUGCAGACAAGAAAAUCAAACUGUUAACGUCUGUGUUGGUGGCUGCCUUUAUUCCAGUGAAAAGACUGAACAGAUUUUAAACAUCA